CCCCUCAGAUGUUUGCUCUUUUGGUUAAAUCAGUCGACUCGAGUAGUUUACUUCACACUGUCUUCACAGGAACUCUUUGAGGCUAUGUUGUUUUAAAACACAUGGACAUUAUGUGACUUUUACCCGUACUGUUGCAGAAAACGCCGUGAAUUGAACGCAGCAGGAGGAUGAUUAUGAAGUUGCUAUGAAGUGGUGAAGUGUCGUGUAAUGUAAUGGCAUUUACAAUCGCCAGGUUAACUUAAUUCAUUAAUAAUCGCUGCUGAGCUCGGGUGAAAGAGAAAUAAACGCAACUCUUCUUCACAGAAGAUGUUAUAAUGGGGAUUUUUCUCUGGAUACUGCUGAUUUUAAUGCACUGCUAUGAAGGGAUUCAUGGUCUACGGUUCAGCAAACACCCCUUGAACAUCACAGUAACUCAGGGUAACAAGGCUCGUCUGGUUUGUGCUUUUGAGGGGCUUAGCGAGCCAGAGAUCACCUGGAUGAAGGAUGGAGAGAAGGUGUACAGCACCGAUCAAAUGUUCAUCCCACUGGAUACGGACCAUUGGGAGACUUUCCACAGCAUUAAAUCCGUGCAGCAGCAGGAUGCUGGGAAGUACUGGUGUGAGGUGGAUUAUAUUGGCAAAAUCAUUUCUUCUGAACCAGCUUGGAUCACAGUAGAAGGUGUGCCUCACUUUGUAGUUGAACCCCAAGAUAUGGCCACAUUUGCAGGAGAGCCCUUCAAUCUGACUUGUGUCGCACGUGGACCUCCAGACCCUGUGGAAGUGUUAUGGUGGCUGGGAGGUGAACAGAAGGGUGAUUUCAUGCCCUCCCCUUCAGUUCUCUUGGUUAAAGGUGUGAAUGACAGUGUAAAGUUUUACUGUGAAGCCAGGAAUGCACGAGGCAUCUCUGUGUCGCGCACAGGCACGGUGCACAUUAAAGUUCGGCCAGAUUCACCUCAGGGUAUCAGGGUGCAUCAGGCGUCUGAAAGUAAUGUUACAUUAACAUGGAGCCCAAGUUUCACUGGACAUUCACAUCUUUCCACCUGCACUAUACAGAUGUCCUGGGGACCUGGAAGAAAGGUGAAACUUCCUGAUGUAAAUGUGCCAGUUCCUCCCUACCAGCACAUGUUUGAUUCACUCCGCAGUCAUUCAAACUACAGCGUGAGAAUUCGCUGUGAUAAUGAAGUUGGGUCAUCCCCUUUCUCAUCCUGGGUGGGCUUUUAUACUCCAGAGGCAGCACCAUUAGUUGCUCCAAAGAACUUGACCUUUGAACUCACAGAGCAGCAGCUGACUCUGUCCUGGGCGGCACUGGAUGAGGUGGAGCUACGAGGAAGAUUACUAGAAUAUAAAGUACAAUGGUGCCAGGGAGGAGAGAGCCAGGAUUCCUUACUGUUUAAGGAAAACUACGCUCGCCUCUCAGGUGCCGGGCGAUUCUUUAACUCCACCUUUCGGGUUUCUGCAUGCACCACAGCAGGAUGUGGCCCAUGGAGUAAGCCAAUUCUCGUGAUGCCUGCAUCAGCUAUGCAAGCUCAGACUCAGAGGGGCCACAUUUGGGUCGGGCUGCUUUUUGGCUUUCUUGUUGCCACCAUGGUGGGCCUCCUGUUGACUGUUCUUGUACGCAACAGAAGGAAAGAGACCCAGUUUGGGUCUGCAUUCACAAGUCCAGGGAUAGAUGUCCAAGUGUCCUUUACAGCUGCCAGGUCCUUCAACAGGCAGUUCCAUGAACUCCCAGAAUACACUUUGGACAGUCUAGGAAUAAACAGUGACUUAAAGGCUAAGCUACAGGAUGUUCUCAUAUCUGAAAGGCUCUUAACUCUGGGACGCAUGCUUGGCAAAGGUGAGUUUGGUUCAGUGAGAGAAGCGGUUCUGAAAACAGAGAAUAACUCUGGACAGAAGGUGGCUGUAAAGGUCCUCAAAACUGAUAUUACCUCAUCCAGUGACAUUGAACAGUGUCUGAAAGAGGCGGCAUAUAUGAAGGAUUUUCACCAUCCCAAUGUUAUUCAGCUCAUUGGUGUAAGUCUGCACAGAAGAGCUCAGCAGCUGCUGCCUGUUCCCAUGGUGAUCUUACCCUUCAUGAAACAUGGAGAUCUCCACACUUAUCUUCUUAUGUCUCGCCUCGGAGAUGAACCAUUUACUACCUCUUUGCAAAUUCUUAUUCAGUUCAUGCUGGACAUCGCUCGAGGGAUGGAGUAUCUCAGCAGCAAAAACAUCAUCCACCGGGAUUUGGCCGCUCGCAACUGCAUGUUGAAUGAAAACAUGACUGUGUGUGUAGCGGAUUUUGGUCUCUCAAAGAAAAUCUACAGUGGUGACUACUACAGGCAAGGGUCUGUCUCAAAGUUGCCCGUCAAAUGGAUUGCUUUGGAAAGUUUAGCAGACAACGUCUACACAACGCAGAGCGACGUGUGGGCAUUUGGUGUGACCAUGUGGGAGAUCAUGACAAGAGGACAGACACCUUAUCCAGGAGUGGAGAACUCAGAAAUCUAUGAGUAUCUUAUCAAAGGAGAAAGACUCAAACAGCCUCCGGACUGUCCUGUUGACAUUUAUGAGAUGAUGCACAGCUGUUGGUCUCCUGUUCCAAAGUGCCGUCCCAGUUUUCAAAGCCUGAUAGAUCAGCUGGAGGUCCAGUGGGCAAAGCUGAAUCCGGCUCCUGCGAAAGAAGCAAUGUUGUAUGUGAACCUGAAUGAGGAGGAUGAAGAACAGGCCUGUGGGACGGAGGUCAAUCCAGGGACUCAUAGUAGCAGAGAGGAGCCCUAUUGGGCAGUGCCCUGGCAGUGUGCAGGUAUGGAGGAAGACGAAAAGAACUGGCUAAUGGUGUCAUCAGGGGCCGCACUUGCUAUUGGUGGAGACUAUCGGUACAUCAUCGGUCCACGCGGCACUGAUGACGAGACCAGACACUCUGACUAUGGCCAAUCGGAGGAGGUCCGAGACGAGGAAGAGGAUGUCAUCAUAAACGUGUGAUUUGUAGUAUUUUAUUCCCUGUGCGUGAGUACUUUGGGGAGGCAAGUGGAGAAGGUUUUCGCAUAAAUGAGUUUUUAAAAAAUACUAAGCAUUCCUAAGACGUCGCACUGGAGAAAUGCCAGGUAUAAUGCUAAGAACUUUCUCCAUGCUAACUCUAGAGGCAUUAAGUGCCUUGUGUACAAUCAGCUGCUAACACUUUUCCGUUAAAUGAUUUGUUAGGACAAUUGAUAUUCACUUACUGAUCAUGACUUGCAGCGAUGAUGGUGUUUCUCCAAAUGAAAUGUUUAGCGUAAAAUCUAUGAUUUAUGUUAUUGUACAGUACAUUCUUGUAAAAAUAAGUGUUGUGUGUGCUGGUACCCUAUCAGCGUUGUUUGUUUGUUAUGUACUUGUGAAUUUUCAGUUGCUUCCUGGGGUUCACAGAUUUGGUGCUUUUAUUAGAAUUGUUUAAAAAAAUAAUAAAUUCUGGAAUUUAUAACACAAUGGGGCGGUUUCCCAGACAGGGUUUAGGAUUAGUCCCAGAUUAAAAUGCAUGUUUGAGCUUUCUUAAUUGUAAACAGCUUGCACUGACAUAUCGUGCAAUAUAUUAGUGCCAUUGUAUUGUCUCAAGAUGCACACCAGUAAUGUUUUUUUGUAAAAACUACUUAAAUGCAGUGCUCGAAUUGAAUCAAGUCUUAUGGGGGGUCCCCACCAUGACAUAGCAGCAAACCCAAAAUGGCAACACAUUAGUAUAUGAUUUAUGUAAUAAUUCCCAAAAUAUUUUUGUAUAGAGGCUGGAAACUAAUUUAUUAAUAAUUUCAAAAUAUAAAGUUUGACUAGAUAGGACGUUAAUGUGACCUAUAAGUGGUGUUUAAAUUGAGUGCAGGAUAGCCUACAUUAAGUGGGGCAAGUUGCUUUCUUUAUUAGUCACUUAGUAAACUAUUCAUUUAACCAUUUUACUCAUCUGCUUCAUUCAGUAAAAAAGCUGUUCAAAUUAUUUGAACUGACACCAGUUUAUGAGGCAAGUGAUAAUAAAUUAAUUACUAAGGUAACACUGAGGCUUCCCUUCACACUGCAAAAAAUGACUCUAUUAUCUAGUAUUUUUGUCUUGUUUUCAGUAGAAAUAUCUAAAAAUUCUUAAAUUAAGAUGCUUUUUCUUGACGAGCAAAAUGACCUUAGUGAAUAAGUCUAGUUUUAAGACAAAUAAUAUACAAUUUAAGUGAAAUUGUCCUUAAAACAAGCAAAAUUAUCUGCCAAUGGGGUGAGAAAAAAAAUGGUGAAAUAAGAUUUCUUUUUUCUUAAACACUUAAUUCAAGUAAUUUUUCUCACCCCAUUGGCAGAAAUGUUUUGCUUGUUUUAAGCAAAAAUUCACUUAAAUUGUAUAUUUUUUGUCUAAAACUAGUAUUAUUUUCUUAGGUCAUUUUGCUCAUCAAGAAAAUACAUCUUGAUUUAAGAUUAAAUACUAAGUAAGAAAGUCAUUUUUUGCAGUGCAUACAUAGAGAUCAUUAUUAAUGAAUGUUUUUGGUCACAAUGUAAUUACUUUUGUGGCCAUGACUUAGGGACCCCCCUUAGUAUAAUUUUAACUUCUUAUUGGAGGUCCCAAUAAGAAAGUCCCCCCCCCUCAAUUCGAGCAUUGCUUAAAUGGCCUUAUAUAAUUAGCCCUCGUCCUGGCUUAAUCUAAACCUUGUCUGAAUGAGUGAAAGGGAUAGUUCACAGUUUUCUUACCCUUAAGUUGUUUCAAAGCUGUGUCCAAAUACCCACACUUGCAGUCUUGGCCACUCGAGAGCGCGUAAGGGACAAAGACUGUCCAUGUCUUAAAACUGACAAAGUGCAGUGCCCUUAAACCACACUACGUUUCAAAGUGGUAUUCAAGGCUAAGCGUUUUCCGGGACUACUGAAUAAACAAUAAACUUUAAUAAAGCUGCAUGCACAAAAUGAGUUUUUUUUACAGGUGAAAAGAAUUCUGCAUCUGAAAGUUUCAGAUAAGUGAAGAUAAUAACCUUAAAAAGGGAUAACCAAACCGUUAGUGGACCCCAUUUACUACUAUGGAAGUAAAUGGGGUCCACGAACGGUUUGAUUACAAACAUUUCUCAAAAUAUCCUUUGUGUUCAUCAAAACAAAAAAUAGCCUAAAUAAAAACGAAAAAGUUUUGGUGCAAAUUGCUGCCACUUCCUGGAUUGACAUUUUUACACUUAUGUCAAGUAUGUCUCGUUGGGUAAAUAAUUCUACAUGCACGCUUGGGAUCUUCACGCCCACUAGAGCACUUGGGCCAAACACAGGAAAUACGUCAUGUAAAGUAGUCAAGUGGAAAGACCGCAGGUGUGGGUAUUUGGCCGCAGCCUAAUGGUGCGUUCCAGGCAGGUUUUUAAACCCGUGAGUUACGACUUCAAAACCACGACUCACGACCCUAUGCGUUCCAGGCAGCCUGUAACUCGUGUUUUUACAACCUUCUACCGGUGAAAGUCCACUGGAACGGCAGUCAAACCCGUGACUUCCCACCCGUGAACUCGUACUAGAUCGAUGUACUCCCAGUUCAAAGUCGUGAGUCGUGGUUUUGAAGUCGUGAGUUACGGGUUACAGGUUGCCUGGAACGCAGCAUAAAACUGCAUAAAUUUCUGUGUUUUGCUGAACACAAAGAUAUUUUGAAAAAAGGUAAUAACUAAACACAUUUGGGGCACCAUUCACUUUUAUAUUAUUCUUCUUUUCUAUUAUGGAAGUCAUUGGUGCCCCAGAUCUGCUUGGUUACAAACAUUCUUCAAAGUAUCUUUUUUAUUCAGCAGAACAAAGACACAACAACUGAAUGUCUGAAACAACUUUAGUAUGAGUAAAUUAUAAGGUUUUUUUCAGUGAACUAUCUAUUUAAGCUCAGUCAAACUGUCUCUGUUGUGCUUGGUUAACCUUUAAAGCAAACUCUCAUUGGAGCAUUCUGAGAAUGGGAUACCAAGGGACUUAAAUUUCAUUUUUGUUUAUGCCAUGUGAAAUCACCAAGCUUCUUUUUGACUGUAGUUUUUGUUAUGCAUUGCAGAGCUAAAACUCAAAGGUGGCUUUAGAUGUAAAAAAUGAUCAAAUUUGUUGUGAAUAGAUCUUAAGUGUUAUUAACUAUUACACAGAAGCCUGUUUGCAUUAUCUAACAAUGAAGGUGAUGUGAAAUACCAGCCCAUGAAGAUGUCAUUUGCAUUCCACUUCUUUUAAAAUAAAGUAGUAGAGAUACUUUUUAUAGCUAUAUAGACAUGUUAACCUGAAAAUGUAUAUGUUAAAUAUGGCAGGAAUAUUGCACAGAAUAAGUAAGUUGUUUGGUUUUUACAACUGUGAACUUUUACUUGUAGAAUACGUUGCUGUUUAUUUACAAAACUGCAAAUAAAACAUUAAUAAAUCCCAUAAUAAUCUGAAUGUAAUUUUAUUGGGAUUGUCUUCAUAGGACCAAAUAAACAUCAAGCAAAUGGCUUUGUGUAAUGAAUGACACGUUAAAGCAGCAAUUCAAGUAAUAAACUAAAAUUAAAUCCAAAAUUGUCUCGCAUGUAUUAUUAAAAAACGAACUUGGUACCCGUAUUAUGCUUCCUUUACCUCUACAACCCAUUGAACUCUACUGUUGUCUCUAGGCAAGCAAUACAAGAGUCAAAAACUACAAUAUGCAUUCAAUCAAACGGUAAUAAAACCAUUUAUGCCCAUUUUUUUUUACCUAACCACCAAACCUCUUCCU